AUGGCCUACCAACAAGAACGCUUCAUCGCCGAACUCGCCGUUCAGCGCGCAACUCUCCUCACCCAGAAGGUCUUCAACGAGAAGGCCAAGGGAACCGUGUCCAAGGAUGACAAGUCUCCCGUCACCAUCGGCGACUUCGGAGCUCAGGCUCUGAUCAUCCAGGCCAUUCGCAAGAACUUCCCCAACGAUGAGAUCGUCGCCGAGGAGGAGGCCAGCACGCUCCGCGAGGACAAGGCGCUGAGCGCCGAGAUCUGGAGACUCGUCAAGGACAUCAAGCUGGAGGACAGCGAGAGCGACAACCUUUUGGGCGGCGCCUUGCCGAGCGAGGAAGCGAUGCUGGACAUCAUCGAUGAGGGCAAGAGCGCUGGGGGCGCCAAGGGUCGCGUCUGGGCCCUGGACCCCAUCGACGGCACCAAGGGUUUCCUGCGCGGCGGCCAGUACGCCGUCUGUCUGGGCCUGAUCGAGGACGGUGAUGUCAAGGUCGGAGCCAUCGGCUGCCCCAACUUGCCCGUCAACGACUCUGAGACUCUGUCCGCCGGAAUCGGUGCGGAGCAGACCAGCGGCGCCGGCAACGGGGUCCUUUUCUCCGCCAUCCAGGGUGUCGGAGCCAUCAGCAGACCCCUGACCAACGCCGGUCUCGCCGAGAGCAAGUCGAUCUCCAUGCGCCCCGUGCCUGACAUCGCCCAGGCCGUUUUCUGCGAGGGCGUCGAAGCCGCCCACUCCGCCCAGGGUGACAACGCCGCCGUCGCCGAGCGUCUGGGCAUCACCGCCCCCAGUGUGCGUCUGGACUCCCAGGCCAAGUACUGCUCCAUCGCCAGAGGAGCCGGUGACAUCUACCUGCGCCUGCCGGUGAAGAAGGACUACCAGGAGAAGAUCUGGGAUCACGCCGCGGGUGACCUGAUCGUCCGCGAGGCGGGCGGUCAAGUGACUGAUAUCUACGGUCAGAGAUUGGACUUCAGCAAGGGCCGGACCUUGGCUGCCAACAAGGGUGUCGUCGCCGCCCCCGCGGCCAUCCACGACCAGGUCAUCGACGCCGUGAAGGUCGUUCUGAAGUUGUAA